AUAACUACUUGUUGACUUCAAUUAGAGAUCUUCUAUUUAUUUCCCUAUGUCCAUGUAGUUCCUGUUUCCUAUUAUUUGUGCCUACAUCUUUCAAAAGCUGUAAGUUUCUCUGUUUAAUCAUUUAAGAAACAACAUGAUAUAUAUUCCAAACAUGUCUGAAGUGAAGAAAAUAUAGAAUUAGCAAUUUCAAUUAUAUAUUUAUUAAUAUUAUUAUUGAAUUGUUAACAGUUACAAUACCAGAUACCCCUACUACGGACUACGACUACGAGACACUUUCUUAGUUCUAUCUCAAAUCUCAGACUAUCUGAUCAAUAAAAAAUAACUUAAUUAAAAAUUAUUUAUAGUAUAGGAUUAAUUAUUAAAUAAUAAAAUAUUAUUAGACUACAAAUUUAAAUCUUAAAUAAGUUAAUAAUCAUAAUCAGGCAAAAAUUCUUAACCUAAGAAGACUCCUGACUCCUAGCCUAGAGUCUAGAGAGGUAAUUUCUUAAUUUACCACUUGAGCCAACAUUAAGAAAUCUUGCUCUGAGUCUGUUUGAAACGUUCACAUCUUAUCGAGUCCUGUUUUGAUUCAAGCUUCCACAGACCAUGUUACCAUGUUCUACUAUUUCAUUCACACAGCUUGAAGGCAACCCUUUGUCUUCAUAAUCAUAAUCAUUUAGUAUCUGUUUUGCAAUUUUUAGAUCGCUCUUCUGCUCUUUGAUAAUUUGCAUAUGAGUUGGUGUCUUAUCAUUUAUGACUUAUGAUUAUUAAUUUUACUCUUCUUUGAGACUUGCGUAAAAUGAAAAAUCAACAUCAGGAUUGACCGUUUUAGCUUUUGAAAAAAUAUCUUUUUCUGAGAUCUUUGAACUCAUGAUCAUUGUAACAGCAUAUGCUGGAUAUAUCUCUGGAUAUUCAACUUGAGAUUAAGUCAAACAAGGUUUAUGAGUAACGAUGGGUUCGGCUAUCACCUUCCCACCAGCUAAGUCAUUUCCUAGAAGCAAAGAGAGGCAGUUGAAUGGUAACGUUGGUCGGACUCCCACAACCACAGGUCUGUAGACUAGACAUGACUUGAGUUUGUUAAGAUGUUAAGGUACAUCAUUGCAACCCAACAUUGUUUGAAUAUCGCUUCCAGUUUCAGACAAAGGAAGUAUACCCUAAAGUAGAAAGAACUGUAAAGCAACUGUGUCUUGUAAUAUUUUGAUAGGUCGUAGACUGGAAUAAUCACCUGGCAGUGACAUAAAUCCUUCCAAUAAGAAGGGCAUAAAGUAGUUUCUGAUGUAGAAGUUUGGAGCUUGGUAGGAAAACUCUUGUCGCAGUCUUGAGAACAUGUAGCGAGGGAAGAAGAAUUAAAACUCUUGGUAGAUUCAUGACUUGCACUCAGUUCCUUGGUAGAACGUCUUCUUGGCAUCAAGAGGAUCUUGGUGACGAGCUCAUAAAACUAACAGACAAAGCAGGAACCUUGCUGGAGUCAGUAAAACUAGCCAUAAUGUUCAGAAUAAAACUCUUUUAUGAGUUAUGACAAACCUCUUUGAAGUUUGUAUGGACAUCUAGAGAGAGUAUAAACUUUUGGAUUUUGAAAAAUAUGUUUCCAGAUGUAUGACGAGAUGUACGGUACAAGCGAAGACCAGGAUGCGUGGCCUUCUCAUUUUUCUUCUUCAGUUUCUAGCUAUCAUCCCAUUUACGACCUUCCUUUUACAAUAGAUACAGAUGUCCCUUGAUUUGAUUCUUUUGUGCCAGACUUGUGUGAUCUUUGUUGAGGUAUGCUAUAAGUUUAUAAGUUGAUAUUGUUGCUGUAUGGUUCUGGUUCUGGUAGUGUUCGUUGCUGGAUCCAUAUACUGGCAUCUGUGCAACGGUUGGGGAAGCGAUGUUGCUAUUCUAAUAGCUCUUAGCAGAUGCCAGGGCAGCCUUGAAGCUUUCGACCGAUGUUGAGUCCACAGCGGCAUUGUUGAGGUGGUUCCAAGCAAUUAUUGUGCAUGGGAAGAAUGAUUUUUUAUAGUGCACUGUGUUAAAUCGAGGCACAGUGAAGCAUUUGCUAUUGUUUCGGGUGCAAUUUUUUGUUUAUGGGGUUGUCAUUGUUGAAAUCAGUGUUCAGUGAGCGUUUGGCUCUGAUAAAUCAAUCUUGUGUCAAACCGACUCUUGGAGAAUUGAUGCGAGAUAGUGAAGUCAUCAGCCAAAACUGCCGCCUUUUUUGCAGACCAUCUUUGCCACAGUCUGCAAUAUUUGCAUGUACGUCUAGAUGCAAACAGUGCUUGAACUCUUCUAUCAGUAUGAGGAUCUUAAAUUAACUGAAGUCUGUGUUGAUGUUCAUUGCAUAAGCCACUUUUCCAGGAGUCAUUCCUUUUCUUGCAGAAACUCAACAUGAGUUUGACCAUCUUGUUUCAACAACUCCCUAAACUUUUUACGGUACGUUUCGGGGACACAUUCAUAAUACUUGAGUUUUAAUGACUUUACAAGCUUACAGCCCCCCCUGCUGUCCAGCAUCCAAGGACACAAAAACUUUAGGCGCCCGACCAGACAAAACUGGUUGCAAUGAGGUAGACCAAAGAUUUGAAAAAAUACAGGGAUUAACUUUGCAAAUUUAAUUGCAUCACAACAUUGACUGGUCUAUUUUCCACGGCACUGUGGUUACUCAUAAUUUACAUUUCUUUUAAUUUUAUUUUUAUUUUUAGUUCUUCAUGGGCAUCUACCUCCAUUUGCUUGAACUAUUUUUCUUUUUUUUUAGCUUCAUUUGUUUUAGCUUUAGUUGAAGCUCCGAGCUAGGAUCGUUCACUGAGGCUACAUCAUCCUCUGACAGAUUUUCAUCCACUACGUGGACAAUGAUUAAAUCUCUAACAGUCUUUUUUAAAACAAAACAAGCUACAUUUAUUCCUAAUUCUUUUUGCAAUGGAAAAUAUAUCUUUUCGAGAAAAUUUGUUUAAUGUCUUUACUGCUGGGUUUUUUUACAUUUGAGACAGGUAAAUUGUAAGGAUAUAUUUAAUUAAUUUACAAGCUUAAUGAGCACACUUAUAAAAGUAAAAAAUAAGUAACUAGCUCUAGUAUUAGUAUUGAUAUUGUUAAAUGGUAAAGUGAAAACAAUUUGUUAUUGGUGGCAAUAAGAAAAGAUGGAUACCAAUCACCGUGCCAUGUUGAAAUAGAAUUAGGUAAACACACAGGCUAUAAAAACCCAGUGUACCUGAGAAAAAAAGCAAGGUCAGAGCCAGACUGAGUGCAGAGUACAGUGGGGCCUUGGAAUCCAAACUUAAUCCAUUUCAGAGCUCCGUUUGAGUUCCAAAUUGUUUGGGUUCCAAGUCAGUUUUUUCCCUUAAAAUAAUAGAAACUGGAUUAUUCCGCUCCUGGGUCCCACAAAAUCUAUGGAUCCGAAACCUUUUACUUAAAGUUCUUGAACCACCUCCUACUGGCCUUAAAGACCACCUUUAAUCCAUUUAAAGACGAUUUUUUUCCCAUCUCCUGCUUGACUCCUACUUUCUUUUUGAUCUCAUAGACACAAACAUCAGCUGCUGUGGUAGCUUCUUUAUUUUUCAAAAUAGUACAGUCGAUUUAGGCAUCCCAAAUUUAGUACGUAGAUCAGAUAUUAAUGUAGUGUAAUUCAGAUGAAAUGUUUUCUCUGCAGCUUUCUACAAAGAACUGAACGACAAAGCUUAAGGGUGGCCUGAACGCUGAUGAAAUGAAUACAUAGAAAAAACACGAAGAACAGGUUGAGCAUUCAAAUUCCAAAGCAGCAUUUAUAUUUCAAGUGAAUCAUCAUUUAGAAUCCAAUCGUUUUUCAAAUUAUUCAAGUUUGUCAUGUAGUCUAGAUGAGCGUUUGUGGUGUGUUUAUCGUAGUAAUUGCAGAAGCAGGCUAAGACAUUUUACUUUAAUGUGACAUCUUGAAAGCUAAGUGGUUUUUGGAGUGUGGAAUAGUCAGUGUUUUCUUCCAAUUUAAACUCCUUUGUGUUUAUAGAUGAAUUUUCAAAAGUGAUACAAACAAUGUGUUUACAUUCACAUAUAAAGUUUUACCUUUGUACAUUACUGGAAGACUUGCAGAAAUUAAUGAAAUAAUCACAGGUGCUAUCCAUAACAAGAAUCAUGCUAUUUUGGACAUUUCCCCCAUCACCAUAAACCUACCCUCAUCACAAAUACAUAACCCCCUCCCUCCCUUUUCCCACCCUACCUGAAUGUGUGUACCCAUUUAUGGAUGGCCUCUAUAGCUAAUAAAACUACUUGGGGCCUCCAGGCCUGAUUCCUAAGGAGUUUGCCCAGCACUAAACACCCACCAACCAGACUGUGAGCCUGCAUCCCAGGAGUUUUGAGGACACCUCACCCACAAUCUACUGCUGUGAAAUCCAUCCCAGAAUGUACAGCUGGAAAGGCUAUCCUACAAUGUACAGCUGGAAAGUCUAUUCCACAAUGUACAGCUGGGAAGUCCACAUCCGUCCCUGCUCUGAGAACUUUUGCAGGCGCUAAGAAGAGGCCCCACUUCAAACAUUUAAUUGACCUUGUGUAUUUAUAGAUCAACCCAGAUCAUCAAUUGUUUAAUAUUUAUAAAAUAAGUUGUAAAAAGUCAGAAAAAAUCUAUCUUACUACAAAGCAAGGAUGAUGAUGAAAUAUUAAAUUAUUAUGGGAGGCCAAUAUAAGAACCUAGAUUGUAAAAUUAUAUGCAAAAGUUGAUUCAAGGCAUCCCUAUAAGUAUAAGCAAUUAUUUUCAUACUUUUAAGAUUGUGAUUUCUAUGUAAAUUUAAUGUAAAUAAAUAUGCUUGUUUCAUUUUAAUGUAAUUGGUUGUAGAAUUAUUUUGAAUAACAUGGAGGUGGAUAUGAAUAAUGAUACAUUCCUCUGUGAUUGAUUUGAAUCCAAACAUCUAACCACUGGGUGAUAAUUCACACUAGCGUUAUCCACUAAAAUUUAGUAAUGUAAGUCAUUUCACCAGAACAUUCCUGAGUUUUAGCAAACAACUAAUUGGGAUGUUAAAAAAAAACGAAUUCCUGGAUCAUGACGCUGCUUUAAUCUGUUCUUUGUCUACACAAAAUUCCUGUCAUGAUUUUAUUUGUUGCUUUGAAAUGUUGAGAGUUUGUCUCUGUUAUUUCUCUUGCAGGAAUUAGUGAAAAUAAUUACCUACACUUUGUUGCAUCUCCUUAAAUUUUAAUUUCUCCUUUCUUAAUUUAUGCCUUGUGCCUAUGUAAAAUCCACAGAGAGAAUAAUUGACUUUUGUUUUGUUUUAGUUGUUGAAAAUGCAAACAAUAGUUCUUUAAAACUUGAAUAAUCCUCAAUUAAUUUAAACAAAUUUGUUUGUCCCCACUUUAUUUCUACCAGAUGGACAGAAACUGGAGUCAACGAGGUGUACCAUACAAGGCAUGUUUAGUCUCCCUUAUUGUUGGGAUAUGCCCUUUUUUGAUUGGAUUUGUUGCACCUGAUUGGCUCUGGUUUACUAGGAGAGGAGAAAAUGCCACUGAAGUUGAUGGCUCUUUUGGUCUCUGGGAAAUGUGUGUAGACUACAAGUGUUCAAGCAAUGAUAUUCUAGGAAAUCAAGUUGUUGAUGGUAUUAAAAUAUAUUAAAACUUUAAAUAUGCUAUAAAGUAACACAAAAUUGGUCAGAAAUUUCUCUUCCCUUUCUUUAUUAAGAGUAUACUUAUACAUUGGUUAUUAAAUUAAAAGUAAUUUGACUGAUAAGUUAGAAGAUUCUUCUUAAAAAAUCUUUAUACUACGUACCUAUGUUUUUCAAAAGUGAGUUGGAACAUAUAUUUUUUUAAAAUAAUACAGAAUUUAAUGUGAUUGUUACAAAAGUACAUAACACUUACAGAUUGGUUCCUGGCUGUGGUCAUUUUCCAAACGAUAGCUCUGCCAUUCUACAUGGUUGCAUUGGUAAUGGCCAUUCUUCAGAAUUUUACACCGAGGAGAUGGCUUCGCACUAUUCGUGUUGUAAGGCUAAGGCAGUUACUUCAUAAGGACAGUGAGACUCCAGAAGAUUUGGCGUUUAUUGCAGGUGAACGAUCCACAUUUUUUAAAUAAAAAUUAUAAGUUGAAGGAGAGAGCACUUAUGUGAUAUUAAGCAUUUAAAAAAAUUAAUCUAUCUGAUCUUAACUUUGAAUAUUUUAUCUGUGAAUCAUUAUUUAAACUCCUAAUAUCAAGGAGAAAACUUUGAAACAUUGAGUUUAUGUAUGGGGAUUCAUAAAUUUUCUCAAGCAAAUUUUUCUGAUAUGAGUUUUAAUAUUAAUGCACUUAGUCUUUGCGUAAGAAUUAAAGGUUGUAUCAACAUUUUGAAGAUUCCUUGCUCUGUCCAGGUUUCCUCAGUUUCUUGGCCAUCAUUGUCUUCAUGAUCAUGACUGCUGAUAUAGUGUCUAAAGGAGCCUACUACUCCUGGGGAUUUGCCAUGUCUUUUACUGGUGCAAGCAUUCCUGUCAUCUCAGGAGUGCUCAUGUGUAAAGCCCAUUCACCAAGCUUUGGUCCUGCCCCACAGCCUGCUGAGCCUCGUGUGGUCCACACAUUGUCACCCACAGCCAGCAGGCGGCCUGAGAGAAGAGUGGAACGACCAUCAGAUAGGAGAUACAGGAGAUAAAUGUGUGCAAAAGUAUUUAAAAACAACUUUCUGUGGAGGGAUGUUAAUAACUAAAUAUAUUUUGUUUAGAUGACUUUACACUACUAUAAUGUAAACCCAUAUUAUCCUUAUCAUUUUCUAAAAUUGACUACUGGUAUGUAAUGAGCAUGUAUAUAGAGUAGUCAAAAUAUCAUGAUUCUAGAAAAAAAAAUUAACAUAAAAUAUAAAUAUUCAGCAGUAUUUACCUUAUGCAGUACACAUCAAAAGUUGGUUAUUUAAAACUUACUUUACAGACCUGAUAAAUAAUAUACUUUAAAGUGUUCAAUUUCUUGUAAAUGUUUUAUACGUCUAUCAAUGUUUUCUUAAAAUUUUUUUUUGUUCUCUGCAGUUUUCAAGAAGCAGAGCCACUAGUAAAAUAUGGUUCAAUUUUGUUGGAAAAUCCCAAGUAUUCUAGUUAAUUAAUCCUUUAAUUGAUGAAAUACACUUUCUUACACCAUGUAUCAGGAUUGAACAAUUUUAUAUAGUUUUCAAACUCAAGAACAACCUCAUGAGUACCGCUACUGUUUUUUUACAAUUACAUUUUGCUGGUAAAUGUAUUAACACAGUUGUGGUCGAUCUUGAAUGUUUAAUAGUAAACUUUCAAGGUUAUCAAUAAUGUACAUAUAAUUGUAAACUUUUCUGUCUUAAUUGAUUUUUUUUUUCCCGUGUUAGUUCACAGUUUAAUAAUGCCAGUCAGCAUAAUCUGUCGUUCCCACAACUUGCAAUUAUGUAUCUAAUGUUAUCAUAUACCUACGGAUUGGACUAAUAAUGACACACCCUAGUUAUUUUGUUAAGCAUUGUAAGCAGUUUUGUAAUGAGUUUACAUUUUCUCCAUCCAUUCACAUGUUGCCUUUUGAUGAACUUUAUGCCUUUAAUCCUUGAAAUGAAAUCUACAGUUCAAUGAUUGAAAGUUUGUUGGCAUAUUGCAAAUAUACAGUUUUGUUAAAAAAAAAAUAUGUUAAGAAAGAUGUUACUGUUUGAGUAUUUACUUGGUUAACUUGCUGCUAAAGACAAGUUCAUUCUUUUUAAAUAUCUUGACAUCUCAUUUUCUGUUGAUUUGAUAGAAAAUUUAAUUAAUUUGCUGGUCACUUUUAUGUGUAUUUACCAUGGUUAAAGAUACACAGAAAUUUCUUUUUAAAAAUAUUUUUACAUUUAUGAUCAACAUUUUUUUAGUUUUUUUUAUCAUCAUGGAAAUUUUACAUUGGGAUUAAUGUAGAUAUUUUGUACAUAAAAUUAUUGUUUGUUGACUAUCAACUUAACAAAUAUUACUGUACAUAGUAAAAUUGUCUUCCCAAUUAGAAGAAACUAUGCUUUUUUUCCCAGUCAGUGCAGAUCCAGGUCAGUCAAAGCAGCACAUUUACACCAUUAUGCAGUUAAACGUGUCCUUUCUGCUGAGGUUUCUGAAAAAAGGACAUGAGAGCUUGUUCUCACAUACCCACAGUUUUCACUGUACUGUUACUUACUGCCUUUUUUAUUUGAUGUAUCAUGAGAAAAAAUGUUUUUCCAUUGCUCUGAGGAUGCAUACAUUAUACUGUGAUAAAAAUGUCAAAUAACUUACAAUUAUAUGUAAUCUCUUUGAACUCAGCAUAGUUACAGUACUUACACUAAUUUUUGCAAUAUGAGUCAGUUUUACCUACAAAAUCAACAUGUUAAUUAUGACAAGAAUCAUGGAAUCAUUGCUGCAAAUAAAUUUACAGGCUAAUUUAAAAGCAAAUUGCCCCACCAACAAAGGAUUACAAGCUUGAGGAUAUAGUACUGAAACAGUUUACACCUUUUUUUAAGGAUGAUUGAUUAAAUCAUCCACUAAAGUGCUGAUUAAUAACAAUGUUAUUUGCUGAAUGCUUUCAUUGUGUUGAGGAAGUAAACCCAGUUGAUGUUUUAUUUUUUGUUAUCUGUUUACAUUGAAGUAAUUUAUUAUUUAAAACAUUACUCAUUGGUGAUUAAAAAUACAGAAUAUAAAUUAAGCAUAUUUUUUGUGCACAGAAUUUAGUGAUUUUAAAAGUUAGGGAAUCAUAUAACCAUCUAUAAACUAUAAUGCUUGUUAUGCCAUCUUCAACUUGAAAAUACUGCUGGAAAUUUGGACAAAACAAAUAUUGCAAAUUAUUGGUUAAUUGAACAAUAAUUCCAGCAUUUCAAUUCAUUCAGAUAUCAAGUAUUUGUAGAGUUCAGUCCAAUCAAGACCUUUCCCAAAAAUGGUUCAAUUAUUUAUUCGUAUGCAAUGAAAUGCCUCUCAUUUUUUGGUCUGAGUAGGUUACAUUACCCCGGGUACAUAGUUUUUUAAAAAUAGUUUUUAAUUAAAACUGAUUGUUUUUUGUGUUCAAAUAUAUAUAAUGCUAGUAGAACCAUUCCAUAGUUGAAACACUAACCAUUCCAAACAGAAUUAUUUACUUUAAUGCCUUACCAUGGUCCCUGCUGUUCCUCUUCACUUUUACUAUUAUGCAUUUGCUAAUGAAUAUUAUCUGAUUUAUAAUGGAAACUGCAAAUGAUAAAUGAAUAAUGACAAACUGUUUUGUGCCUCAUUGCUGACAUGUUUUGUGUUGUAAUGCUUGUAUGUGCAAGCUUACAUCACUAUAGUGUCUUUAAUAUUUUUACUGAUAAGUGUGAUUUUUAUGUACAUACUGCAUUAGCAAAUUUUUUGUAUAUUAUCAUGUAGUGAUUCUAGAAAAACUAUGUUUAAUGGCUUAUAUUAUACUUGUAAUUAAUCAUAAUAAUAUUAAAUAACUUAUUUAACUUUUGUGGAAAAGGAUGUUAAUACAUUUUGCCAAAAUAUUUAUAUAUAAUGCAAUGCAGUAUAUUCACAUAAAAAAAAUCAGACUCUGUUGUUUAUUAAGUACUAGACUGUAUUAAUUGUACAUUUUAAUUUAAGCAACUAAAAAUAACCCUCCCAAACAAACAAUGGUGGAAGCAAUGCAUGAACUUCCCAUUUUCUAAGUUUAAUUGACAAAAAAAUUUUUUCCUGGUAUCUUUCUAUCACAGUGUGAUGAUGGUGUAGACUUCACCGUAUGAAAUCAUAAGGCCUUGGAUUUUUUUCUUUAGGAUAAAUUGUUCCCUAAACAGCAAAUCACCUCCCUCUGUGCAUCUGGAUAAACCAAGGGAAUAUGUGUGGAUGAUACUGCUUGGCACCCAUAGCGCCCCAGGAGUUGCUGAAAUUUUCAUUGUGUCAAUGUCAUGCCGCCUACAGACUCCAUCUUUGGGUUUAAAUUCCGAGUUUUGAUUCUCUUAGAUAAGUAGCCAACCCGGGUUAACCCAUCCACCUGAGAUAGUGUUAUUGUUUGUCUAGGCGUUUGCUGGGGAUUGAAAUCCAGUCCACAAGCCUGGGACUUUUUCAGUUUAGAUCGCUUGCACACCCAGCAUAAACAUGCAUACAAAUCGAACUAUUACAUGUGAUAUUUAAUAGCUGCAUGAUCUCAUUCUGUCACUCCUGUGGAGCGCCCUCAAGGGAUGCUUUAAUGCUCAGUAUAUAUUCAAGGCAGUGGUAUUAACAUAUGGGGGGGGGGGGGGCCGUGGGGGUUGGUAAGUUUUGGACCCGAAUUAAAUAAGAUUGAUAGAUAGGACAUCAGUACAACGAUUUCCAUUACCCGUUAAAGUCAUAUUAAGAGAUAGUAAUUCUUAUAGAUGGUUUUGUUUAGACAACUCGGAUGAAAUUUUUGAAAGAUCUGGAGCACUUAGUAAUUAAGUAGGUUUUUAUUAAGGGACAAGUUGGGUUACCUUAUGACACGAUUCAAUUUUUCAAAUCUGUUAUUAAUUGUAGGCCUAAUUGCAUCUUAUGUACUAAAAAAACAGCACAUUUUAUCUGAUAUUGUGCCCUUUUUUUUAAAUGACAAUGUGAUUUAAAUUAAAUUUAUAUCAGGCUCUUAACUCUCUCCUGUUCAUACCCGAUUUCCUUUGAGAGUUUUAAUUAUUUUUUUGCUAUGUGUCCUUGUGUUAAUAAAAAUGCCUUACUACAGAGACAUGACGUUACAAUAAAUCUUCACCAAUCAAUUAAAAGUACAAUUCAUGUG